AUGAAAUCGUCUCGAGUCGAUAGUCCUUACACCGCAAAAGAUCCAUCACACGGAUUUUUCCUUUGGAGUGGUCUAACUUGGAUGCAGAAGGAAGAGAGAUUUUGCGACGUCACUCUUAAAAUUGGUAAAGAUCGAAAGUUACGAGCCCAUCGUGCUGUCUUAGCGCUAUCAAGCAAGUACUUCGAAGCGCUUUUCGGAGCGAAUUGGGUCGAAGGAAAAUCAAACGAAGUCGAACUUCUUGAUUUCGACGAAGACGCUAUAACGAGUUUGGUUCGAUUUGUGUACUCAGGAACUGUCGACAUUACCACCGACAAUGUUCAAUACAUUCUGGAAGUCGCGAAUUAUCUUGGAAUCGAGUUCGUGCAAAAAGAAUGCAUACGCUUCUUGGAAGAAAAUCUCAAUAAGAACAACUGUCUGAACGCUCUUCAAAUCGCAGACACGUUUGCCUUCGAGUAUUUGAGGGAAGAGGCGAAAUUGGUCGCCGUACGCUAUUUCACAGAAAUUUGCAUGACGCAAGAUUUUAUUCAUCUUCCACAUCAUUUAUUGACGGAGUUACUGAGAGAAGAAAGCAUCUGUGUAGUUGUUGAUAAUUUGAUUCCUCGCGCCGAUAAGAGAGAGAGCGUUGUUUUACAAGCUGUGUUUCGAUACGUGCAGUAUGAUCUUGGUAAACGAGCAGAUUUAUUACCGAAACUUUUGGCCCUCGUGAGGCUUCCAACUCUAUCAAAGGAGCAUCUCCAAGAGGUCUCAAAGCACAGCUUAAUUAUUGGCUGCCGUUGCGAAGCGAUUGUUGAAAAAGCAAUGAAGGUGAAAUCGGAUGAAACUGGAGAUGGUUCGACCGAUUCAAAGUGGGCCAAAAGAAGGGAUUUCGCCAAGUGCGUAGUCACAUGGGGUCGAACCUUUGUAGGAACCCAACAAAUUCCAUCGAAAAAAAAAUUCAUUACCGGUCGAUAUUUUCUUGAGGACUCGAUUGAUGGUGUCAAUGAUGAAGGCGUCUACAUUACAGGAAUAACCGUUUGGAGGAACUCUCCAACAGAGGAGCCGCGAUCUAUUUGUGGAUUAGAGGUCUUUUACAGCAAUAACUCGAGGUGGUUGUACGGCGUCAAGUUAGGACAAAAACAAAACGAAAUCUUUCUCAAAGAAAAUGAAAAGAUUGUGAAGGUGGAAGUUCAGAGCGGAACGCUGAUUAACAGCCUGGCGUUUUAUACAAAUAAGGAUUCUUAUGGUGGUUUGAAGUCUUAUCGUGGAUUUUGCCCCGAUUAUCAAGGUAGCUGUCAGGGUAGUCACGCGACCGUUCGAAGCCAGAGUCCGCCUGGAAUCUGUGGAUUCUUAGCUGGCGUUGCCGGCGAAACAUGCGAGUUCCAAGGACAGCCGUGUAUUACGAGGCUUCAAUUUGCAUGGAAGACAUUUGUUUGCAAUGACGUAGCGAUCACACCGCGGUUUGAGUAUUUUGAGCCGGGUAAGUGCGAAAUUGUGAACAGACCACUGCGACCGUGCCAGAAGCAAUGA